UCCCUAAUCAAUUCAUUAGGGCAAUUUUGUUAUUUUUUUAAAGCUUGAAACUGUACAUAUAGUUGCAAUACUGUAGCUUAUGACAUCCAACCGGGAAGGAGAGGCGCUGGGCGAGCUAGCUUAUAGCUUACUUGGACAGAAAGAAUAUUGCAGUACCACUCGCACUCUGACUGUCAACAAAGUAGGGAUUGCACAUUACUUAUUCAAGAGGAGGAAAUAAAGAAAACCGUAGUCAUGUCACGCUCUUCGGGAUGCAGAGUUGUCCACAUGUUGUGACCCUGGCUAAUGCUCUAAGAGGGAGCACCACUUCAUCCAGGACACGAAACUACGCGCAGGCCCACUGCACAACUGCAACUGAACAGGCUCUAUGAGUGACCAGGGCAGCGAGGGUGAGGCUGGCUUUGCCCCAAUGAUGGGCAAGGAGCUAGAAGAGGAGGAGCUGGAGGGGAGGCAGAGCUGCGAUGGAGGAAUGGUCGAGGACAGUGAUUUUGACGACGACGAAGAGCCCAAAUUGUGUGGGGUUUGCGGGGACAAUGCCACUGGUUACCACUUCAACGCCAUGACUUGUGAAGGCUGCAAGGGCUUCUUCAGGCGUGCCAUGAAGCGCAAUCUUCAGUUCAGCUGCCCAUUUCAGAACUUGUGCAUCAUCACCAAAAACAACCGGAGACAGUGUCAAGCAUGCCGUUUGAAAAAGUGCCUGGAUAUUGGCAUGCUUAAAGAAUUGAUCAUGUCAGACAAAGCAGUUGAACAGAGACGGGAGCUAAUUAAGAAAAAGAAGCAGAGGCUUAAGGAGUCGCCCUCUACAGAAGAGCCGAAGGGCCUGGACACACAACAGGAAGCGAUCAUCCAGGAGCUUGUGGAGGCUCAGAAGAAGACCUUCGACAUCUCCUUCUCACACUUCAAGCAGUUCAGGCCUAUCAAUCGGAACACCGACCACCAGCUGCAAGUCAACCAGACUUCUCCAGAUCAAGACGCCAGUCUGCAGGAGAGUCAGGGAGCCAGCAGCAGGCAGUGGUCAGACAUGGAACCCCAUCCCAGCGAUUCAGCAAACAAGGCCAGCUCCCAGAUUUACUCCAUGUUGCCCCACAUUGCUGAUUUGUCCACCUACAUGAUUCAGCAGAUCAUCAACUUUGCCAAGAUUCUGUCCAGCUUCAGGGAACUCUCAAUUGAAGACCAGAUCGCACUGCUAAAGGGGGCAACAUUUGAGGUGUGUCAGAUCCGCUUCAACAUGCUUUUUAACACAGAAUCAGGGAUCUGGGAAUGCGGGCCAAUCCUGUACAACAUUGAUGAUGCCGCCAAUGCUGGGUUUCAGCCCCACCUGCUUGACCCCUUGCUGAAGUUUCACUACAUGCUGCGGAAUUUAAAACUUCAUGAAACGGAAUAUGUUCUGAUGCAGGCCAUCUCUCUGUUCUCCCCAGAUCGUCCAGGCGUUGUAAGUCAUGAUGCCAUUGACAAGUGUCAAGAAUGUUUUGCUUUGAUAUUAAAAACAUACAUCGACACCAGGAGAUCCCAGCCAUCUAAGCUCUUGUUCCCUAAGAUCAUGGCUUGCCUGACAGAGCUGCGCACGAUGAACGACGAGUACACCAAACAGGUACUGAAGAUCCAGGACAUCCAGCCCGACGUCACGCCCCUCAUGAUGGAGGUUUUCAGCAACAAUCCCUAGCACCAGCACCAGCAGAAGAGGAACACUUGACAUGAGAACAAAGGGGUGGAUUAAUUUGCCAGAAAACAAAACAAAACAAAAAUCUAGGUAGGGCUUCUGUCUAUUUUUAGAAACAAGCCCAAUCAGGUCAACUGGCUGAGUUUUAUCCAGCUGCGCAUAUAACCUGCCCCACUCCCCCUCCUCAAACCCCCUCCCGCCAGUGCAAAACCUUUAUGCGUUACUGAGGACAGGCAUCCCUUCUCAGGGAUUUUCGGUUACAUAAAAUGAAGAGAUUGAGUGCACACUGAAGAUUCCUAAAGGAUUUGUAUUCCUGUUAUGCAGUGUAGUUGCUGGAAAGGAUGGCAGAAGACUAAACAUUGAUUACACUAUGUAACACAAUUUUUGUUCCUGGGUAGUAAGUGUUAUUUCCUAAUUGCUUAUGCC